UUGCUUGCCGGAUCAGGGGGAUUGAAGAUCACUAUUUCUUCAAUGGAGAUUGGGGUGCCUUCAAAUGUCAGGCAUGUAGUACAUGUCACGUUUGAUCGAUUCAAUGGGUUUCUUGGUCUACCUGUGGAGUUUGAACCCGAAGUCCCCAGGAGACCUCCAAGUGCCAGCACUAGCGUUUUUGGAGUGUCAACAGAAUCUAUGCAGCUUUCUUUUGAUUCCAGAGGAAAUAGUGUUCCCACAAUACUUCUGAUGAUGCAGCAACGCUUAUAUAUGCAAGAGGGAUUGCAGGCUGAAGGAAUCUUUAGAAUCAAUCCAGAGAAUGGCCAAGAAGAGUAUGUUAGGGAGCAACUGAAUGCAGGAGUGGUGCCGGAUAAUAUAGAUGUGCACUGCUUGGCAGGUCUUAUAAAGGCAUGGUUCCGAGAACUCCCAAAUGGGCUGUUAGACUGCCUUCUUCCAGAGGAGGUAAUGCAAGCCCAGUCAGAAGAGGAGUGUGUUCAGCUUGUGAGGCGCCUUCCACCAACGGAAGCUGCUCUGCUGGAUUGGGCAAUUAACCUAAUGGCUGAUGUUGUUCAGCUGGAACUUCUAAACAAAAUGAGUGCACAUAAUAUCGCUAUGGUGUUUGCACCAAACAUGACCAAGAUGGCAGAUCCUUUGACAGCACUGAUGCAUGCGGUCCAAGUGAUGAAUUUUCUCAAAACUCUGAUUGUCAAGACAUUGAGGGAAAGAGAAGACUCUAUACUUGAAUUUGCUCCUCUAUCCCACAUAGAACCUUCUGAUAGGAAUGGCCACCACAGCCCUCUGCAGCCAAUAUUUGAGGAGGUUGAGGAGGGGAAUGAAGAGGAUCAAGUCUUUGUAGCCUAUGAACCCUCCUUGGAAAGCGCUUCUCACCCAUUUCAGGAUGACCCAAAAACUGAAAACGAAUCUCAGGGUUUGCUGAACUCCUUUGAUAAUACCUAUCCAGUUGGAACGCAGCAUUUGCUUGAAAGCUGCCCCCGCAAGGUUGUUAACAAAGUCGGGGUUCUGGUAAAUAAAAUUGAAGAGAGUGGUUCUAGCACUAGCAGUCUGUAUGGAGGGGCUCCAUGGAGCACUCAAAAGAAGAAAACCGGCCAGUCUAAUACCUCAAAUCUCAAGAAUACACCUGAAAGAGUUCAAGCAGGGUCAGAGGCUCGGGUGGGGACAAGACUGGAGAAGAGCCGGGGAACGACCAUUGUUAGCUGUUUAAAUUCAAGAACCGAGCUGCUUGAAGCUUGGCGAUGAACAUGAUUUCACAGCUGGUGGAACAAGCCACUGAAUUUGCUUGUCGCUUGGAGAGAUUGUGUAUGAUUCAGUCAUGUUCUUAAUAUAUUUCUGGUUGAAACUUGUUUAAAUGAACAACUCCUGUUCACAUUUGACCAUUACAACUGUUCUGUAUAUCAAAAGCUACUGCUUUAUCUGCUUGUGUAAGUUCUCUAUUCUGGUUCACUAAAGUCAUGAACCUAAACAAACUGCGGACAAAUGCAAGCUCUUCUAAGCUCAUCUGCAUCUGUUCGUUCCACAUUGUUGCAUGAUUAUCUUUGUUCCAUAUUUAUUGCAGAAAGCGA